UGCUGACCUUCAAGGAUGUGAUGGUGAACUUCACUGAGGAGGAAUGGGAGAUCCUGGAUCCUCCUCAGAAGGAGCUGUACAAGGAGGUCACACUGGAGAAUGUCCAGAAUCUGUUGUCCCUGGAUUUGCAGCCCAACUUUGAAUGCAAUGAGAUGACUAGAAAACUGGGCCUUUUUGUGGAAGAAUGUGAACUACAAAGAUUCAUGAAGGAUGGUCCCUGUGCCUUGACUUUGAGGGAAAUCAAUGACUCUAACAUUGAAGUAGAUUACUCAAAGUCUGACUGUGAAGUGGAUGAAAUUAGAAAGAGAUUCAAACAAUCUUCUUUCCUAAAUCACUAUAACAAAAUGAAUUUAGGGAAUAACUGUCUUCUGGAGAAAUGUUUUCCUGAAGAGGUAGAGCUUUUGGAUUCCCAGGAGAAGCCUGCUGAAAUCCUAAUGAAUCCAGAUAAUCAAUGGGAUGUGGCCUUCAGCAAGAGUUCAGACCUCAUUAGACAUCAGAAAAAUGAUAAUGGGAAAAUGUUUUGUGUGGGUAGUCAAGUUGGAAUGGACUUAAGUCAGACCUCUAAGCUCAUUACUCAGCAGGCAAUUCAGAUAGGGAAGCAACCUGAUGAGUAUAAUGAAUGUCAAGCAAUCUCAUCCCAUCAUUCAUCUCUUCCUUUCCAAUCUAGAGUUGACCCUGGAAUGAAAAAACCUUUAUUUGGUGAAUGUGGGAAGGCCCAUAGUUGGAACUCAGACUUUGAUAGAUCUCAGAAGAUUCAUCCUGGAGAGUUUUAUAAACAUAAUGAAGAUGGGAACAUCUUUACACGGAGAUUUUUUCUAGCUGUACCUGAGGGAAUCCACACUGAUGAGAAACCUUUUGAAUGUAAUCACUGUGGAAAGACUUUUGCAUCUUGUUCCACUCUCAGUAAACAUCAGAGAAUCCACACAGGGGAAAAACCUUAUAAAUGUAAUCAAUGCGGAAAAGCUUUUAUAGCUAGAGCUGGUCUUGCUUUACAUCAGAGACUCCACACAGGAGAAAAACCUUAUAAAUGUAAUCAAUGUGGAAAGGCUUUCUCAUGCAAGGGAGAUUUUAGCAAACAUCAGAAAAUCCACACUGGAGAGAAGCCUUUUACAUGUAAUCAAUGUGGAAAGACUUUCACACGUAAUGACAAACUUGUUGCCCAUCAGAGAAUCCACACUGGAGAGAAACCUUUUAAAUGUAAUCAAUGUGGAAAGGCUUUCAUACAUAAUUACAGGCUUGCAGAACACCAGAGAAACCACACAGGAGAAAAGCCUUAUAAAUGUAAUGAAUGUGGAAAAGCAUUUACAAACAGGUCCCUCCUUGUUAUACAUCAGAAAAUCCACACUGGAGAGAAACCUUUUGAAUGUAAUCAAUGUGGAAAGGCUUUUACACGCAAUACAAAUCUUAAAACACAUCAGAGAAUUCAUACUGGAGAGAAACCUUAUAAAUGUAAUCAAUGUGGCAAGGCUUUCAUACUUAAUUGCAAGCUUGCAGAACACCAGAGAAUCCAUACAGGGGAAAAACCUUACAAAUGUAAUCAAUGUGGAAAAGCUUUCACAUGCAAGGGAGAUGUUAGCAGACAUCAGAAAAUCCACACUGGAGAGAAACCUUAUGCAUGUAAUCAAUGUGGAAAGACUUUCAGAUACAAUUACAACCUUGUUGAACAUCAGAGAAAUCACACAGGUGAAAAGCCUUAUAAAUGUAAUCAAUGUGGAAAGGCUUUCAUAAAGAAAGUCAUUCUUAAUUUACAUCAGAAAAUCCACACAGGAGAAAACUCUUACAAAUGUAGUCAAUGUGGAAAGGCUUUCACAAAUAAAUAUAAAUUUGCUUUACAUCAGAGAAUCCACACAGGAGAGAAGCCUUAUCAAUGUAAUCAAUGUGGAAAGUGUUUCAUAUGCAAGGGAAAUCUUACUAAACAUCAGAGAAUCCACACUGGAGAGACACCUUUUAAAUGUAAUUACUGUGGAAAGGCUUUCAGACAGAGUUCCAUUCUUGCUUUACAUCAGAAAAUCCACACUGGAGAGAAACCUUUUAAAUGUAAUCACUGUGGAAAGGCUUUCAGACAGAGUUCCAUUCUUGCUUUACAUCAGAGAAUCCACACUGGAGAGAAACCUUUUAAAUGUAAUCAAUGUGGAAAGGCCUUUACAAACAGGUCUCUCCUUGUUACACAUCAGAGAAUCCACACUGGAGAGAAACCUUUUAAAUGUAAUCAAUGUGGAAAGGCUUUCAUAAGGAGAGCUGGUCUUGCUUUGCACCAGGGAAUCCACACAGGAGAAAAGCCUUAUAAAUGCAAUCAAUGUGGAAAGGCUUUCACACGCAAUGGAGGUCUUAGCAAACAUCAGAAAAUCCACACUGGAGAAAAACCUUUUAAAUGUAAUCAAUGUGGAAAGGCUUUCAUAUAUAAGUACAGGCUUACAGAACAUCAGAGAAUCCACACAGGAGAAAAGCCCUAUAAAUGUAAUUGAUGUGGAAAGGCUUUCACAUGCAAGAGAGAUCUUAACAGACAUCAGAAAAUCCACUCUGGAGAAAAACAUUUUAAAUGUGAUCAAUGUGGAAAGGCUUUUACACACAGUGCCUAUCUUGUUAGACACCAGAGAACUCACGCUGGAAAGAAAUCUUUUGAAAGUAUUCAGUGUGGAAAGGCUUUUGCACAAAAGUGAGACCUUGUUGAACAUCAAAGAACCCACACUGGAGAGAAAACUUUGAAUGUAGUCAGUGAGGAAAGGAUUUCACACAAAGGUCCUUUCCAGCUGCACAUCAGACAGUCCACACUGGAGAGAAAAUUUAUAAAUGAAAUUAACGUGGAAAGACAUUGAGUUACAAAUCCAAGAUUGGCAAACAUCAGAGAAUGCUCACUAAGGACAAGCAUUAUGAUAAUAAUAAACAUGAGAUGAUUUCACAAAGAGUUCCCAUCUGGUUGUAUAUGAGAAAAUCCACACUGGAGAGAAAACUUAUAAAUGAAGUCACCGAGGAAAAGCUUUCAGCAAAGACAGGGGCCCAAGGCAAAGCUGACUACCAAAUACUUAAUGGCAGCACAAAGAAAACUCUAUUCUACUGGCAGAGAAUAUGCAGGAGACAGUAUCCUUUGGCAUGUCUUUAUUUCCACUGUGGGCAUCCCAAACAUCAGGGUAUGAUGGGUGAGCGCCAGGAAGAAGACUCAGUAGGGGAUUAUGCUGAGGGCCAGAGAGGAGUUCUGACUCUGAAAUACCCCCCUGAACAUGAAGUAGUCACCAACUGAAGGGAAUGGAGAGCUGGGGCCAUGCUUUCUAUAAUGUAUUCCAUGAGACCACCAAGGAACCCCUUGUGCUGCUCACAGAAGCCCCCUGACCCCAAAGGAAAGAAAGGAUGACACAGAUUAUGUUUGACACCUUCAGCCCCUUGCUUCAUUCACUACCAUCCUGGCUGGCUGCCUCCCUGCCUCUGGCUGUACCCCUGGAGUUGUGAUCAACUCUGAGGAUGAUGGGACUCUGACUAGCUGUGAUCUGACAGACUCAAGCAUAAUAAUUUGGACCCAGGACAUUUUCCCUCCUGCAGCUACUGAGAGCCAGAAGGUGUGACAUUAUGAGCCAUGGUUCAGGGCCCCGGAUUUUGUGCAGGAGCCGGCCUUUGCCACAUGCAGCUGCCUUUGGAAAAGAGCACUGAGCUCCCUGAGAGUCAAGUCAUCAAUUUGGCUAGAGCUGGAGUUUAGAAGCUCUCUGCCUGUGGAGUCCACCAAGCUCCCUUGAACUCCACCAGAUGUGAUGUCAGUAUGGGAGAGCUUCUCUGCCCAUUCUGGGAGCCAAGGGUCCAUACCUAGACCUUGCUGGAGGGAAGCACAAAGAGAUGACUGCCCCAGGCCCCAACCCAGUGAAAAUCAAGCUCAUUCCCCCGCCUGAGCACUUUGAUUUUUCUCUCAUCUUUUUCCUUGUUGAUCUGAUUUUUCUUGUGCAGCAAAAUAACUGUGGAAAUAUGUAUAGAAGAAUUGCACAUUUAACACAUAUCGGAUUGCUUGCUGAGGGGCUGGAGCAAGGGACAGAAAACAUUUAGAACACAAGGUUUUAUAAGGGUGAAUGCUCAAAGUUAUCCAUACACAUUGUUUGUAAAUAAAAAGCCUUAAUUAAUAAAAAGAAAAUUAAUCAUUCCAGAUAUUGUAUUAUGCAGUGUGACAGAGGGUUUCUUGCCUCUAGGAAGCCUGUCCUGCUUGAUAAGAAGCAGCUAUAUAACAUCAGUCCAGAUGUGGGAGAGGAGGUUGGCAUGGAAGAGGUACAGGUUUUGUUGUCUAUGGAAAUGAUGUGAUAUCUAAAAAAAAAAAAAGUUACCUUUGUUUCUUCUGCCCUCAUUUGUGUAAUUGUUCAAGCCUAAAUUGCCUCCUGCCCCCAACAAGGAUGGACAGGAAAAUGUUAGAGACGUCCCUGGAAUAUUGUGGGAUUUGUGCCAGUAUUUGGGGGACUGGAUGAGAGUUCCCUGUUCCCUAAUUUAAGACCAGUUCAAAUAACAGUAUGUACAUUAAAGAGACUUUUAAAAAAUGAGUUUCAGAUACCUGCUUUCUGCACUGGUUUAGUCUGUUUACAUUGUCAUUUUUGACAUUUUUUUUAACCUACUUGGUGAUUCCCACUUGGUAAUCCUCAACCCUUUUCCUUUAGGAGGCUGGUUUAGAGGAAAAUAUAAGCCAUGGAGCAAUUAUCAUGCUAUUCAAGUUAUCUUGCUACCCUUAGUUGUCCAUGUCAUAAAAUACUAAAUUUCCAAGCCUCAUCAACUAAGCAGAGGAAACUGAAGCAAAAAAGGAUUUGUGUCACACUCACAUGACCUUUAUGAGCAUCAGAGUAAGCAGUCUUUAAGAACCUCAAGAAAGACUGAAAAGGAUUUCCAUUUGAAAUGACAAUCAUGUUGGGAAAAUAAAAGUUGGAAAAUUA